CAAAAUUUUGAUGGAAUUUUUAAAUGUUUAUUUUACAGAGUGUUGGCAUUGAUAAGGGCAGUAUACCUGAUCUAACCAAGGCUCCGUGUACUUUGCUAGAAGAAAUGGAAAAUCACCUUACACAUUUGAAAGGAAAAAAAAGUCAAACAGUUGCCAAGACAAAUUUAGUUCAGUGUGCAGUGUCUGCUCUGAGCUCUACUAGUUCUGCUUUAGCAAGCAGUGCACAUGAAAUCUCUCACGAGCUGAAUGGCCUGACAGUGGAUGAGAGUAUGAGGAGGGCUGUUGAAGAAGAAGCUGCCAUCAUGAAUCAAUUGAAGGUUGUAUAAUCAGUUGUAAAAGUUGCAUGAAUCUCGCUGCAUUUCAUGUUUUGAGCAUUCAGGAAUGUCUAUUAAUAAUCAUUAAAAUCGUCUCAAAGGA